AUGGAAGAGGAAAUUGAAGGCGAUCCCAUGGAAAUAUUGAUCAAGAAACACAAAAAAGAAAAGAAAGAACUUCAAAGUAAAAUUCAAAGUUUAAAAAAAAGUGCUGUCAAAGGGGAUAAGAAAAAAAAAAAAGAAGUUCAAGAAGAGAUUUUGACGCUUGAAAAUCAACUUUCAAAAAAACAUGAUGAAGAAAUUCAACAAAUGAAACUAAUAUCUAAUAAUCAAAAUCAAGAAAAUAAUCUCGAAAUUACUGAUAGUAAACCUGUCAAUAAAGUUUCGAAAGCUCAAAAAAGAAGAGAUAAAAAAGCAGCAGAGUUAAAAGAAAGAGAAAAAAGAAUUUUAGAACAGGAAGAAGAAAAUAAAACAGGUAGCAGAAGUAUAGAAACUGAAAAAAUUAAUGACGAAUUAAAAAAAAGAGGUUUAAUGAUUUAUAACAUAGAGGCUGAUGGUAACUGUUUGUACAAUGCUAUCGAUCAUCAAUUAAAAAUGAAAACCAAUUUUAAUUAUGGCGUUAAAGAACUUAGGAAAAAAACAAGCAAUCAUAUAAAAGAAAAUCAAUCUGAUUAUUUGCCAUUUUUAAGUAAUUCAAAUACAGGUGAAAUGAUGACGGAAAAAGACUUUAACGAAUAUUGCAACAACAUAGCCAACACAACCAAUUGGGGGGGACAGGUAGAAUUAAGAGCAUUGUCACAUGUAAUUAAAAAACCAAUCACAGUAAUUCAAGCUGAUGGUCCACCAUUAAUUAUGGGUGAAGAAUUUUUAGAUAAUAAUGACAGUCUAAUUAUUAGUUAUCAUAGACACAUGUAUAAACUGGGAGAACAUUACAACAGUGUUCAACCAUAUGAAGAAGAUGAUUUUUAA